GCACCAAAUUCCAUCUGCUCGUCAUUCUGGAUUUAUUGUCGAGAAUAUCAAAGAAUUAUCGUUAUUAAUUGCCGCUAAUUCCGGUGUGUGCCAUAUCGCAAAUUGCACCUCCCCUUUGAAAGAACCUGAAUCGCACACGUUUGUUUCCAACAAUUGUUAAGUGUCAGAUCAUUACACUUGUCGCUGAGGUGAACCGUUGCGCUCACGAAAGUGUCAUUACGCUAACAACUUAAACUCGACAGUUUUACACUGCAUCGAAGGAGUUGGUCGGUAGUUGCUCAAUAACCUCUCUGACAACCGCACCGAUCAUGGAUAACUGAAGUGAAAUACGGACACCGCAAAAAAAACUGGUUGGGAUAUCUUAUUUACAAAGAAAAUGACACAUUCCAUAUUUUUACCGUUAAAAUCGUCCUAGCACCACAGUUUUCAUAAAUUGCCAUAGUUUUUUCCUCUAAAUAUUGACUAGACCCCACAAAACAAAGUUAAGCAUCCGUUUUCCGAUCUGUCCAACAGAUCAGGAAAAAAAAAAAUUUUCAAUAGAAAAAAAUUGUUUUUCAUUUUUUCUCCGUUUUGUUUUCAUAUAUUACGUAAAAAAACAAUCUUCGAUUGCUCAAAACAAGGACCUUUUAGGUGUAACGUAGAAACGAUCAACGAAAAAAUUUGCAAUUCCGUAAAACGAUCGUAAAACGAAGGCUUAACUUUGUUCUUUGGAGUCGAACGAGUAUUAAAAAAAAUUAUUUCAACCGAAUGAGAACUGUGGUGCAAGGACAACUUUAAAAGUGAAAACAUGCAAUACGUAGUUUCCACUUGAGAUCUUUGGAAAAAUCGAUUGAGGUGAUAAUUUUUCCACUUUCUAACACAUCCCAUCAAACAUCAAAUAUCGCUGAAUGGUUCCCUAGCUCUACCAAAGACUUUCAAAUGUCAAAAACGUCCCCCUUUAAUGCCUGAUAUUACAGAUCAAAAGUAGAAGGCCAAAGCUUCUAUCUCAGUGUUUAUCCAUAAUUGGUCAGGUUUAUAUAAUCCCCGUGCAUCGGAAAUAAUUCGUGACAGUGUCUCUUCUCAGUUGUUGGUUGCUGCGGACAGACGUACCAGGACAGUAUCGCGGAAUGAUCGUCAGUUUAAAUUUGAGAAAACUCUCUCGAAUCGUCAACUAACAAUUUAAACGACAUCCUAAUCAGUUCCCCCAUGGAGGAUCCAAAUUCCCCGAUCCCGGAGGAGGGAUACCUCCAUUGGCCUGAUUGGCUAGCAAUUGGACUGAUGCUGGCAGCAUCGGCAGCAAUUGGCGUCUACUAUCGCUUCACCGGAGGCAAGCAAAAAACAGCAGAGGAGUACUUCACAGCUAAUCACUCAACGGGAGUUGGCUUAUUAUCAAUAGCCAUGAUGGUGGCAUUUCUCUCUGCAAUUUCUCUGCUGGGCUCCAGCGGUGAAAACUACACAUACGGAUGUAUUUUCAAUCUCGUCUACGCUGGACUGGGUUUCGGCACACCAAUUGUCACGUAUUUCUACCUCCCUGUUUUCUGGGAACUCCAAGUGAUGAGUGUCUUUGAGUAUCUAGAACGACGGUUCGGCGUCACAGCCAGACUCGUAGCUAGUCUAGCCAAUUUUCUGCAGACGAGUUUGUACACUGGUGUUGUCAUCUACGCUCCAUCACUGGCACUUGAAGCCACCACUGGGCUGAAUGGAACAACAAGUAUUCUCCUGAUCGGCCUAAUUUGCACGUUCUAUUCAACAAUCGGUGGAAUCAAGGCUGUAAUCAUCACUGAUCUCAUCCAAGGUGCCCUCAUGUACAUCUGUGUCUUCUGCGUAAUUGGUGUUGCGCUGAGUGAGAUUGAUGGCGGUGUGGCCCGAGUUAUUGAGGUAUCCUCGGAGGGUGGCCGUAUCAAUUUUCUCAACUUUCACGUUGAUCCAACAGAGCGACACACCUUCUGGUCCCUCAGCAUUGGAGGUACCUUUUUCUUUCUAUCACUCUACGCAACCAGUCAGGUGCAGGUACAACGUAUGCUAACAGCCAAAUCAAUUGGUGACGCAAGAAAGGCUUUGUUCAUCAAUAUACCGCUGACACUAUCACUCACCACAACAGUAUCAUUCUCCGGUCUGGUACUGUACACUUAUUAUCACGAUUGUGAUCCUGUACUCGCUGGUAAAAUAAAAUCACACGACAUGAUAAUGCCGUACUUUGCCAAGGAACGCAUGACAAAGGUACCGAGUCUCACUGGUAUCUUCAUAUCUGGUGUUUUCAGUGCUAGUUUGAGCACUGUAUCAGCCGUUUUGAAUUCCCUCGCGGCAAUUGCAUUGUCCGACUAUGUUAAACCAAUAUUGCGAAAGUUGGGGAGGGAAUUGCCGGAUAAUAAGGCAGCGUUCUACGGGAAAAUGCUUGCACUGUCGAUUGGUUUCUUGAGUUUGGCUGUUGCUUUUCUCGCUUCAACCCUUGGUAGCUUGAUUCAGGCUGUUACCGCUGUUCAUGGUGCCAUUGGAGGGCCUAUUCUCGGGUUAUUCACUCUGGGAAUGUUCUUCGAAGACGCCAAUGAAACGGGCGCUGUUGUGGGCACUAUCUUUGCGCUUGCCUUCAACAUGUGGGUGGCAUUCUCACCGAAACCAGCGCCUAUCAAAUUGCCGUUGACCAUUGAAGGAUGCCCUAAUUCCACGCUUAUUCAUCCCACAACUCCGAUUACAACCAAAAUUGACGAGUCGUCAUUCCUCUACAUUCAUCGGCUCUCCUACCUCUGGUACACUCCAAUAGGUCUAUUUGUAGGCAUCGUCACAGGAUACAUCGCAAGUCUCGUUGUCAGAAAAUUCUCCAAAGUCCCGAUUCCACCGCCAGAUCCAAGUCUCUUCACACCAUUCGUCGCCUCCAGAAUUCGUAAGCGAUGCAAAAAGGAACCCACCACUGGCAGUCAAGUAUUCGUCCUCGACACGAAAAAAUUCGACAACAUAGAUUCGUGAGAAUAAACCUAAUGGUCCUUGUUGCUAUUAUCUCUGGUAUGCAGUGAAUUAAGAGGACAGAUUUGCUGUAUCUUUGUUACACUUUUGUAUUCAACGCCCACGAGACUCAGUAAUAAUGAACCCCAGAUCACUUGAGAGAUAAGUGGAACUUUAUUUAGUGUCGCAACUCAGUGAGGCCAACUCGAGCAUUGUUAUUGCUGUUUUGAAAUUGAGGGGAAAUAAAAGAAAAAUGUUGAUAAAUAAA